AUGCUCCAGUGCCACGUCAAGGGCUGCAACGCCAACAACUUCCCCCUCGAGCUCCAGGAGGUUGUCCUCGAGCAGGAGGAGGCCGAGAUGAACGAGGACUUUUUGAGAAACAUGCUCACAAAGAUUGAAUACGACGCCCUCGUCGCCACUUGCCUCAAGCUCGAUAUCAACGAUCUCCCCGCAGCGAUCCCCGCCGACGCCGCAUACAACGAUGAAUUCCUCCAGAUCCUCCACCGUGUCAUCCUUGAGACCCACAUCAAAUCAGGAAAGAUGGUUUGCCCAAACUGCCAACACAACUAUAUCAUCCGCGACGGCAUCCCCAACAUGCUCCUGGCUGAGCAUGAGGUCUAA